AUGGAUCCGGAUUUCGGGUUUAGCUCGCCGUCAUUGGGCCACUCAAAGCCCGCCGCCGGCCUCUCCCGCCCGCCCCGUCUCGCCAAGCUCCGGAAACCCUUGACCGGCCACCGUCCCAAUCUGUUCAGGCCUGCAACACAAUCGGGCUCCUUCCCUGCUGCGGAAGAUGUGGGUACUGGUUUGGGGGGUCGUAAACCUGAUUUUGAUCUGACCAAACAGAAUGUGGAUCGUGGUUUUGUGUUUGUGGCCAAUGAUAGCAGCCAUACUAGCAGUAGUAGUACCAAGAGUAGCUUAUUUGGUGAGCCUGUUGGGGAUAAUAAUAACAGUGAUUUGGAGACAAGUAAGGCUGCUGAUGAAAUGAGGAAACUGAGAAUUGAGAGCGAAAAGACGAAUUCCGAUAGAGUGAAUAUGAAGAAUGACAGCAUUAGUAGUAGCGGUAGUGCUAGCGGCAAUAUUGGUGGUAAUGUAAAUUUGAGUGGUCGAGAUACCCUUUUUCCGGGAGUCGAUGAAAGCAUUGUUUCCGAAUUACCGGACGAUAUGAGAAGGCUGCACAUUGAAAGCAAACGUUUUAGUGAAAAUUACGGUGGGAAUGUGGAAGGACUUCCUAAUAAGAUGAAUAAGUUGAGUGUGGAAGACUCUAGGCAUGAUGGUUCGUUGAGCUUUGGCUUUGGAGGCAAUGGUGGCAGGUCAAGUGGAAGCUUAGAUAAUAUGCUUCCCCAGGAGAUCAAGAAUCUGAAAAUCGAAGAUUCUUUGAAUAGUUCGGCUGAUGAUGGUAGUUCUCGAGACGAUAGUAAAUUCACAUUCAAAGUUAGUAGAAAUGCUGGGUCCAAACCAAGCACGGGUUCUGGACCAGAAACUACGCCUGCCAAGCGGACUGAGAAUUUGGGUGGUCAUGGGAAUUUGAACAAUGUUUAUGGAUCACUAAAUCCGAGAUUUACUUUUCAGUCUUUGGAAAGCAAGAACAUUGGUACUCAUAGGAACUCUCAAAAUGAAAGUAAUUCGCCACUGCCACCAUCGUUUACAUUCAGUGGCAACAAUUUCAAAGCUGUAGAGACUAUGCCCGAGAUGCCUUCUAUGGACAGAGUUGAGAAGAAAGUCGAUUUCAGCUUUACUAGCACGUUGAAUAGUAUGGCGGCCCAACCAGUGGAGUUCAAGACUCCGGACCCAAAAGCGCAUGCAUUAUUUGGCCUAAGCAGAAAAAACGAGACGAAGAAGGACUCAAGCAAAGAUAGUGGAGUUAAGAAAAAGAAGGGAAAAUGUCAGAAGCAUGUGCAGGUACCUUCGAAGUUCCAGCCGAGCUUUGUCUUUCAGGAAAGCCCAGAAACAAACAGCAAAUCCAAUGAACAGUAUUCUCCCAUGGACUUAUCUCCAUAUGAGGAAAAACUGGCUAACGACAGUAGUUUCUCGAGAGAUGCUUCAGUGGCAUCAGAAGAAUCUUUUCGUGUAGAUGACAUAGCCGAUGAAACUCUUGUCUCUGCAACCAAGGGAUUGCAUAUAAACGAUCUUGAUGCCAAGAGCAGUAUAGGGCAAGAUGAAGAAUUUGUGUAUCAUGUGAAUGAGAGAAUUAUGGUUGAGAAUCCAGAAGAAGGUGUUGCCUCGGGGGCUGAGACCGAGAGCUUUAAGUCUGCAAAUGAUGAGUUGGAUCACUGCACGGAUUCCUUUGUGACUGCACUUGACGUUGAAGUGAGUUCCGGCUCUAAAACCGAGAGUCAAAAUAGUGAUGGCGAGGUCCAGUCGAAAUAUGAUUCUUGUUUAGGAGACACAUUUAAAAGCAGCUUUACUUUUGCAGCAUCUUCAUCCUCUCGUGAACGUGGCGAGUCCUCAUCCUCAGUUCGGGUCCAGGAGAAGAAAAAUAAAACCAAGCUUUCGUUUAACUCAGUCCCAACUGUCAAAGUUCCACAGGAACUGUCUCACUUGUCCUCGUUUCAGGUUUCUGGUUCAACAUUGCUCUCACCCGAGCAGGGUCAAAAGGGUAAUUUCUCCAGUGUAUUGAGUCCGAGAAAGGAUAAGAAUGAUCAAGUUAAAGAACAGGCUACCAGCCAGGACUCUGCCACAGCUGCCUCGAUAGCAGCACAGGAGUCUUGUGAGAAGUGGCGGUUGAGGGGGAAUCAAGCCUAUGCGCGGGGGGAGUUCUUAAAAGCUGAAGAUUGUUACACGAAAGGAGUGAAUUGUAUUUCCAAAAAUGAGGCAUCUAGAAGCUGUCUCAGGGCUCUUAUGUUGUGCUAUAGUAAUCGUGCUGCAACACGCAUAUCACUUGGAAGAAUGAGAGAAGCACUGGAAGAUUGUGCAAGAGCUUCUGCUUUAGAUCCUUACUUUGUUAGGGUGCAGAUUCGAGCUGCUAGCUGUUACCUUGCUCUAGGGGAGGUGGAGAAUGCAACUCUAUAUUUUACGAAGUGUUUGCAAGGAGGGCCUGAUGUCUGUGUGGACCGGAAGCUUUUGAUAGAAGCUUCUGAGGGCCUUGAGAAAGCCAAGAAAGUUGCGGAUUGCAUGGAGCAGGCUGCAGAACUUUUGGGACGGAGAACAGCCAAUGACAUAGAUUAUGCAGUCACUGUGAUUUCUGAGGGAUUGCAGAUAAGCUCUUAUUCUGUAAAAUUGCUUCAUAUGAAAGUGGACGCUCUUUUUAGGCUGAAGAAAUAUGUAGAGCUUAUACAGUUGUGCGAGCAAAUUCUUGGUUAUGUGGAGUCAAACUUUCUGACAUCUGGUGUCGAUAGCAACUCAAUGGAGUGUCAAGGUUCUGAAUUGAAGAGGACUCCCUCCUUCAGGCUCUGGUGUUUGUCACGCAUCUUUGAGGCCUUUUUCUACUUAGGAAGACUUGAGGAAGCCCUUAAGUUCUUCAAAAAGCAAGAGGAAUUAGGCUCUCCUGUCGAAAGUAGUGAAAGCGGGAGACUUCAAUCCAUGUUUCCAUUGAUUGUGACAAUACGCGAGUUGUUACACCAUAAGGCUGCAGGAAAUGAAGCAUACAAAUCAGGAAAGCAUGCAGAAGCUAUUGAGCAUUACACAGCUGCUAUAUCAUGUUCUGUCGAGUCUCGUCCUUUUGCGGCAAUUUGUUUCUGCAACCGAGCCGCCGCAUAUCGUGCUUCAGGACAAAUUUUAGAUGCAAUUGCGGAUUGCUGCAUUGCCGCGGCCCUUGAUGGAAAUUAUUAUAAGGCUAUAUCAAGACGAGCCGCAUAUUAUGAGAUAAUUAGGGAUUAUGGGCAGGCAGCUGCAGAUCUUCAGAAGCUUGUGUCCCUUCUCACAAAAGAAAUAGAAAAGAAGACUAUUCAAUCUGGAGCAUCUGAUAAAAUAGAUAGAGAAAAUGAACUUCGGCAAGCUCGACUAAAACUUUUGGAAAUGGAAGAAGCAGCUCAAAAUGAAAUUCCUCUGAAUAUGUAUCUUAUCCUGGGAGUUGAUCCAUGUGCUUCUGCAUCCGAAAUUAAAAAGGCCUACCGCAAAGCCGCACUCAAGUAUCAUCCCGACAAGGCUGGUCAAUCUUUGACUAAAAAUGAGAAUUCAGAUGAUGGAAUAUGGAAGGAGAUAUCCGAGGAGGUCUACAAAGAUGCAGAGAGGCUCUUCAAAAUGAUUGGGGAGGCUUAUCAAGUGCUUUCUGACUGUGCAAAGCGCUCACAGUACGAUCUGGAAGAGGAGAUGCGUAACACGCCAAACAGAGGAAACAACACUAAUACCACCAAAAUCUAUUCAAAUUAUCAUGAUUAUCCAUUUGAUGGGAGGAGACAGUGGCAAGAGUUUCGGAGAACAUAUGGUAACUCGACCAGAGGAUCUGAAAGAAACCGCUAUAAUUGGUACUCAUGA